UCAGAGAUGCGCUCGUGUGUCAGGAUAGGCUACUUUCAGAUUGAUGCGUCAUAGUAGUUCUCAUCCCGAUCACUUUUGGCGCGAUUCUGGAGAUUUAAUUCUGACAUCCGCGACUGAUUGAAGUGGGUAGUUAUAAGAACACUGGACUGCACUUUCCUGGCUUUUUUGUGCGGCGUAACUAAUGUGCGGUCACCUGUGCGAGCAGGCAGGUGGUCUUCGAGAAUAUACGUGGACUUGGAGAAAGAGCAAUUGACUCCAAACUAGCACACACUGAGAGACAGGAUGGCACAGGAGACGCGAGUACCCUCGCGAAAACACAGCGCCUCCCACUGGAGACUCCAGAACAUCGCCCAAGAAUCUGUCGAAAGCUCUGACGAGGAGUUUUUUGAUGCCCGAGAUGUUAUGGAGGGGAAGACGGCUUUGCUCCUGGAAAUGAGCCAGUGGAACUCCAAUGACCUGGUGGAGCAGAUCGAGACACUGGGACACCUGGAGCACUCCAGAGAGAGCCUGUACAGACUGCGACACCCUCGAUGUGCACCUCAGAGCAGCGUGGACGGUCUAGAAGAUAUGGAGAGGAAGUGCAGGACACAGUUGCUCAUCCUGGUGAUUCAUGGAGGUCAUAUCUUGGACUCUGGAGGUGGCGAUCCUGGAGGGAAGGCGGGAGAUGCUGCCACUCUGGCGUCUGUGUUGGAGCGUGUGGCACGGGCACAUUUCCAGGCGGCUGCAGACAGCAUGCUGGUCAGACUGGUGCCCUGCCCACCUGUGUGUGCUGAUGCCUUCGCCUUGGUCUCCAAUCUUAACCCCUACAGCUACGAUGAAAACUGUGUGUCCACCAGUGUGGAUCAUCUGCCACUAGCCGCUCUUCCCAUCCUUGCCAUUGCUGCCCCUCAUUACCAGAAUGCUGUCGCUGCGGUCAUUGCUCAGGCCAACCAGGUUUACAGAAACUUCCUUCAGUCCCCAGAGGGAGUGGGCUUCACAGGACAGGUGUGCCUGGUGGCAGACUGUGUUGGCGGUGUCCUUUGUUUUGACGCCUUGUGUUUCAGUGGUGACAAGCAGCACAGAAGCCCUGAGGGUGGCAGCACGAACAACAGUACAGAGAGUCUGAAGGAGAAGCCAGGUGUGGUGAACUCUCUGAGCCCCACACUCCGAGGCAGCAAACGCCUGAGCAAGAGCAACAUUGAUGUGUCGACCCCGUGUGAUGUACUGUCUGGAAUCCGGCAUCCGCUCAUCCGUAAGCAGAGCGACUCGUGUGAUGCAGAUGUGGCCAGCGGUCAGCGAGAGGUUUUCAUCAGCAGUCUGUCUCAGGACGAUCAGUGUGGCUCCAGGCAGGCUCUCAGUCCAGGCUGCUUUGAGUUUGAAGUGUCAGACUGCUUUCUGCUGGGAUGCCCACUGGGACUGGUGCUGGCGAUGAGGAGAACGGUGGUCCCUGGCGUCGAUGUGGCUCAGCUCCGGCCGGCUUGUUCGCAGAUUUUUAAUCUGUUUUAUCCAUCGGACCCCUCUGCCUCACGCCUGGAGCCAUUAUUGCACCCAGUUCUCACCCAGUUGCCUCCUUUUCCUGUUCCUCGGUACCAGCGCUGCCCUCUGGGGGAUGGACGUUCCACUCUCAUUGUGGACACGGUGCUCAGACAUGUGUCAGAGGGUGGUGUAUCUGCAGACGGAGCAGCGGAUCAGUGUUGUGGAGGAAGUGUGUCACGCAGAGGCAGUGAUCGAGCUGUUCCUCUCGGCUCUGAGGGCACCGGAACUUCCCCGAGCGAACCUGUUAGCAUCUCACAAGUAUGCAGUAGGUGGUGGGGGUUGAAGAGGUUAGAUUAUGUGCUGUAUUGUCCAGAUGUGCUCACCACAUUUCCUACAAUAGCACUGCCUCACCUGUUUCACGCUUCAUACUGGGAGUCCACAGAUGCUGUGGCUUUUAUUCUUAGACAGGUAAUGCGGUGUGACUGUCUGAAAGCCGGAGAGGCUGAUUGUUCGGACGCUAUUCCCAUCUCUCCAUCCAGUCCCAGAGAGAAAUGGCUUCGCAGACGGACACACGUCAAACUACGGAACAUAACAGCCAAUCACAGAGUUCAUGAUGUCAUUGUGACAGAGGACGGGCCGCAGACGCUGGUGGGACGCUUUAUGUAUGGACCUCUUGACAUGGUCACUCUAACAGGAGAGAAGGUGGAUGUGUUUUUAAAGACUCAGUCUGGCUCCGGCCGCUGGGUGCUGUUCGACACUGUGGUGACCAGCAGCAGUGGACGUGUGUCCUACACCAUCCCUGAUAAUAAAAGACUGGGGGUUGGUGUUUACCCCAUCAAAAUGGUGGUCAAAGGUGAUCAGACGAGUGCAGAGGCUUUUCUCACAGUGCUUCCACAGGGAAUGGAGUGUGUGGUGUUUAGUAUUGAUGGCUCCUUCGCCGCCAGCGUUUCUCUUAUGGGUAGCGAUCCCAAAGUCCGGCCUGGAGCUGUGGAUGUGGUCAGACACUGGCAGGAUCUGGGAUAUCUGAUCAUCUACAUCACGGGCCGUCCUGACAUGCAGAAGCAAAGGGUGGUGUCUUGGCUCUCUCAGCACAACUUCCCUCAGGGAAUGGUCUUCUUCUCAGAGGGACUUGUCCAUGACCCAUUGCGGCAGAAAACCAUUUUUCUGAAAAGUCUGGUGAAAGAGUGUCACAUUAAGAUCAGUGCAGCGUAUGGCUCUAUGAAGGACAUGUCUGUGUAUAGCACACUGGGACUGGCACCUAAUCAAAUAUACAUUGUUGGCAGACCAUCGAAGAAACAUCAGCACCAGUGUCAGUUUCUAAGUGAUGGCUACGCAGCUCAUCUCUCUACUCUUGAGUUUGAGCAUGGAUCCCGCUCUAAAAAGAACCGCAUGGUGCUUCGUCAGGGAUCGUUUGGACUUUCCUCCAAAACAGACUUCCUGUCUCCAUCCCCGGACUUCCUGUCUUGCAAACGCACUCCGCUGCUGCGCCGGGCCAUGUCUGUCCAGCAGCCGUCUCCACCCUCGUCAUCUGUCUCCACACCCAAACCUGAGCGAGCGCAGAGCCAGCCUGAGUCACAUAAAGACGGACCUGAGAUUCGCAUCCAAACUGAUGAUCAAGAUGAAGAGGAGGAAGAAGAGGGGAGAAUACAGGAUGUUGUGUUAUAAAGGAACUCCAUGAGUUUUGCCGAAGUGUUGAUGGACCACACACAUCUGAUAGACACACAAAGACACAUUUUAUUUUCCAACAUCAAGAUCUCACCUCAAACCAGAAGAACUGUUCAUCUUAAACACAAUCGAUGGACUUCAUGAUGGACAAGAAUGGCUCAGCAAGGAUUUUCAAACAAUCUCCAGAUCAUACAAUCCCACCAGACUAAAAAAAAACAACAGUAAAACAUUUGCUGAUAGAAACCGAUGUGAAGAUCGAACGCUGACAAUUUUAAGAAUCCCUGUGUGACUCUUACAACAGACUGAAGAAAAGAAGAACAUGGAGGUAUGUUAACUGAGACAAGUAGAGCAGCUAUAGAGUCAGUUCUCUUUAAAAUUACUUCUCUGCUUUGCCAGGAAACUGGCUUCAUGUGUGCAGACUCCAGUAAAGGUCUUUUGUGAAGGUAACCAUGGACUUGAGCACCUGAACCACAUGUAUUUAUGUCCAUUCUCAACUCGAGGCUUUGUGUUCUUUAGGACUCUCUGAUGACCUCAAACCUCUUGCCAGAGCCUCGUUUUUCUUGUUAGUUUUAAUUAGCUGUAAGGUAAAAGAGCUGAGACAAUGCAACCUUGUGGGACUUUUUUAUUUUAAUUUAGUAGCUAAUUCACAUUCAUUUGUACAAUCUAAUGUUUAUAUUUUAGUACGAUAUUAGUUUCUCAUCCCCAAUGAUGGUUAGGAUUAGUGUGGGGUUUGGAGCCACAACGAAUGAAAUUGUAUGAAUUUGUACAAAAUAGCCACUUUUCUGACAAUACGUACAAUAAUGAUGUUUCCUUGUGUGAUCGUGCUGUCUGAGAUGAAGAAUGGACCACAUGUAGUAUCACAACUGCCAUUUUUAAAGAACACAUGCAGUUCUUUUGGACUCCUCCUUGCAUGUUUUGCCUAUCCGGAAAUCUUUUUCUUUGUCAAAAAGUUGCUGCAGACUCGUUGAUGCUCAUGCAUUAUGUAAAGACUGUAGUUCUGGUGUUUAUCUAGGGUACAGUAUGUGCUAAUAGAUAAUGUGCUGACAGUCUUUAAACAUGUCCCGCUGUGGUUUUGAUGUCUGUGCCAUUUUCAGAGCAAGUCUGUUCUGUGAAUAUGGCUGUAUUGCACUAAACUGUAUAAAAUUGUAUAAAUGUAUUUCAUAGACAGUAUUGCUGGAUGUUA